UGUGUUUGAGGGGAACUUUACUUCGCCAAGAUGACAGCUGCCGUCAGUUUUCAGUGAUGGACCUGUCUAAGAGCUUCUCUGUGGUGCCCAGAAGCCACGCCCCCAUCACGGACCUGUCCAAGAAACCAGAGUGGUACCACAGACGCCCAGGGAGCCCUCACCUCCAAGCUGCCUGCAGGAACAGAACCACGCUGCAGCCUGAUGAGGGCGCUGGUGUGGAGUCAGGCAGCUAUGCCAACGCUACGCUAGCUCCCGGCCUUUACCACGAUGGUGUCCAUGGCGACCUGUGGUGUUCCGGCUUCUACGGGCCCGACGACGGGGACAGUAGCGGCGAGGAGGACAGCGACAGCAGCUCCGACGUCAUCGUCGUGGUGUCCACGUCCAAACAGCCACUCUUGUGCUCCUCCUUCGUCGCCGAAGGCGUGCGACGCACGUUGGAACCGCUGUCGCCCGCCGCGUCCUCACCAGACGACGCGCGAGGCUACUGCCGCCGUGCCGAGCUUCCGAGCUCACCGAGUCGAGACAGCUCGUCCUCGGAGGAGUCGUCUGACAGCUCGGCCGAUAUCCCGCCGCAUCACGCCAGACCCAUUGUCCUCCUGUCGGACCUGAGCGCCACUUAUGCCGACCCUGCUUACUCUCGCGUGGACGUCUCCAGCGACGACAGCGACGUGGUGGAAGUUCCCGUUACGCCGGUGACCCCAGAAAGACAAAAUAAACGUCUUUCCUGUCAGAGAAGUUUGGAGAACAAUGAGCAGGUCCAAGCUCCGCCCACUCAGCUCAGACGCAGGAAGCGCCCUGCCUUGCCCCGCCCCCCUCGUCACCGCCUGACAAGACUCGUGAAAAAAGACGCGGUGGGAAUUUACUAUGAAAGCUGCGACUCUGACAGCGUGAUGACAUACGCGUUGUGCUCGUCCAGCUCCGAUGAUGCUUGUCCUCGCGCCCGCAGGGAGGCUCCUCCCCCAUCGCAGCCAGAGGUGGAGCCCCAGCGUGAACACCAGAGGCCGCUCACUGCUCGCAGACGCAAACAGACGGAAAAUAGUAGGCGGGGCCACGGAGCAGGCAGGACUGCGGCAGCUGCGACAAGAAGACGACGGAGACGGCGAGCAGCGCCUGCCCUCUUCUCGCCACCAGAGGCACUAAUCAAUGUCAGACAACCAAAAAGGAAGAAAACGGCGACUUCGGACUUCUGUCCAGUUGUGCGCGUGCGCCACCAUCUUUGCACAGUGGUCAACCACCAAGAAGACGAGCUGACGCAGGACGCACGCCAGAAAAUGCCCACCGCCUCGUCUUCCGGCUUCCUUCCCAAGACUUCCUGUUUCCAUCUGGCUCGCCACGCCGCCACCGAUCCUGCCACACCGCUCUGCUGCCUGUGCGGGCACGUGACCAACGCCCAAGGCCUCGGCGACCUCCACGGACCCUACUAUCCCGACCAGGCCCCCUCAACCAGCCGUGGCGAAGGCGAGCGUUGGAUCCACGAGGAUUGCGGCGUGUGGAGCGCCGGCGUCUUCCUGGUUGGAGGGAAGCUGUACGGCUUGGAGGAGGCGGCCAGCCUCACAUGCCACACGAUGUGCUCGGCGUGCCAGAGAGCCGGCGCCAUUAUGGGAUGUUCCCAAAAAGGAUGCAUGCGUAACUACCACUACACCUGUGCACGACACUCAGGCUGCGUCCUCAACGAAGACAACUUGUCCAUGAGAUGUCGCCAGCAUCACAUGACGCAGCAUCAGCAACCUCAAAGGCACAAACAGAGCGAGUCACGGCGAGCGACGCGGCGAUCCGUCAGGUGACGUCAACCACGCCACGAGGAGCCGACUCGGCGUUUUUUGAGGGACGUGAGAGUCACGUGACAUAGGAGCGAUUAUGACGACGAUCCAGGAAAACAUUCCACAGACCUCCCCUGGGGGGUGGGGGCGAAGCCUUUCUGACCACGCCUUCUGCUUUGUGAUGUCAUUGAAGGCGACAUGCACAUGCAUUUGCACAUGCACAUGAGCACAAGACAAACUUCCUGGUGCUGAAGCAUGCUGUGCGGGACCCAAUCGGAACCUGGAGGCCAGCCACUUGGACUUGUUGAUGACGCCCAAGGGUUCUUGUUAGUUCUUCCUCACAUGCCAUCAUGUCACAUGGUCAUGGCGAUCGCCUUUCAUGCAAAAAAUGAAAUACAAAGCAUUUUUGAAUGAUUUUGUUUUUAAAUACUAUUUGAUAUGUUUUUAAAUAAAGGAGAAGUUUCGCUAUUUACGUGUGCUGGGGGUAGUACUGCAAGCAGCCACAAGGUGGCCCUCGAACACUGAGUUUAUACAUGAGACAUAUAGUACAAGUAGCUUGGAAUAUUACUUUUUGUACUAUUAGUGUUUCUUUUGGUCAUCCGCUUUAUUUGAAUGUUAGUGUUUAUUUGACCUCAAACAUGACCAAGAUUUUAUUCUUAUUUUGUUUGCAUGCAAGUGCCCUGCACGCACGCACGCGCACACACACACACACACACACACACUAGUGGUUAGAAGCCACAGUCUAUAAAUAUAUAUAUAUAUUUUAUGUUUAUAUAUAAAACAGACUUGUGGCGUGCGGACACACGCGGGCACUCCGCCCACAUUCCUGAUGACCCACAGCAGCCCGCUGCCACAUGGACACAGGAAGUCAAAGACAAAAUAAGAUUUAUUUAUAUGUAGAAGAAGACUUGUAUAAAUAUUACAAUGUGUGAAAAUAGUUUAUAAAUACAAAGCGGGAAAAUAACUUUUUAACCAUAUAAAAUACUGAGAUGAACUUUGAACACUUUUCAUGUAGGAUUACUUUUUUUGUUUCAUGUGUGAGAAACAGGAAGUGUGAGGAAGCAGGAAGCAGGCUUGACUUCCUGUUCAGCAUUUGGUGGAGUGUGAGUUCUUGUUGGCGUCCAUGUUGGCCACUAAGAGUCUCAGCGAGUCUCCUGAAGAGCGAAUCAGCUCCCGGCCGCUGUGGAGGAAAGUUGAGGUGAAUACAAGGAAAGCACAGCAGGGGGCGCUCCAUCUGGGCGGCGUACUUACAUGCUGUACUCCAGACCCACCAAGCUGACGCCAUUCACCGCCAGAAUCCGAUCUCCCGUCUUGAGUCGUUCACAGAGCGCGGCGGGAGACUCGGGA